CGUGGAAGACGUCAAUGACCACCUAGAGAUCAUGGACGAAACUGCCGUUCAGAACUUUUUGGAUGAGGCCAUGAACCAGAACGGAGUGCGCGGUGUCUUAUUGUGCGACGGGGAAGGGUUGUUCAUCGGAUCUAGAGGCGCUGCGGAGCGGGAAGACGUGUCUGCGUUCAGUUUGGUUGCCCAGACCGAGUUACAAGGGAAGGAUAUGGUCGCUGUUAAGCAUAGAGACAGUACCGUGUUGCUGAAAAAAGGUGACAACAUCUUGCUUGCGGUAUACAAGAAUUGAGGAGUGUAUGCGUUGCAAAAGAGGUGACAUAGAUACCAGAGAUAGGCAUGCGCAGGACGC